CAGGUGGCAGAGCGCACGGCCGAGGGAUGCAGCCUCUCAUCUCCAGCACAUGGACAGCGGAGCUUGGAGCUGUCGCAGCGCGCCACGGCUGCACUAGCUGAAGACACCACCUCUCUACAGCGCAAAGAAGAGACGACACUCCUGCGUUGGAGCUCUUGGACUGCAGAUAAAAGGAUAUAUUUGUUCACACCUCACCAUCCUUUUUUUUUUUUUUUUUUUCUUCUUCAUCUGUUUUCCAAACCGCAAGAGUGCAGCACAAGUGGUGUUCAAUGCGCAACCAUGCUCAUCAUCUCGUCUCGCAGUGCGCUGCUGUCCGUCUACUACCCACAGAUCUUCCUCAUCCUCACCAGCGGUAGCUACCUGGCGCUGUCCUCUGUGGUAGCUCUGGGUGCGAACAUCAUCUGCAACAAGAUACCGGGACUGGCCCCCCGUCAGAGGGCCCUCUGUCAGACUCGCCCCGACGCCAUCAUUGUCAUCGGCGAAGGCGCCCAGCUGGGAAUCAAUGAGUGUCAGUACCAGUUCCGCUACGGCCGGUGGAACUGCUCAGCCCUGGGCGAGAGGACUGUCUUUGGACAAGAGCUGAGAGUAGGCAGCAGGGAGGCAGCAUUCACAUAUGCCAUCACUGCAGCCGGAGUUGCCCACGCAGUGACUGCCGCUUGUAGCCAAGGCAACCUGAGCCAGUGCGGCUGUGACCGAGAGAAGCAGGGCUACCACGACCAAGAGGAGGGCUGGAAGUGGGGAGGCUGCUCAGCCGACGUUAAGUACGGCGUUGAGUUCUCUCGGCGCUUUGUAGACGCCCGAGAGAUCAAGAAAAACGCCCGGCGGCUGAUGAACCUGCACAACAAUGAGGCAGGUCGAAAGAUCCUAGAGGAGCGAAUGAAGCUGGAGUGCAAGUGUCACGGUGUAUCUGGUUCCUGUACCACUAAGACCUGCUGGAUCACCCUGCCAAAGUUCAGAGAGAUUGGUUACCUGCUGAAGGAACGCUACAGCGAAGCAGUUCAAGUAGAACCUGUCCGGGCUUCGCGGCUCCGCCAACCCUCCUUCCUACGUCUCAAAGAGGCCCGGGGCUACCAGAAGCCCACGGACACAGACCUGGUCUACCUGGAGCGCUCGCCCAACUACUGCGAAGAGGACACAGCGACAGGAAGUACAGGGACAAGAGGCAGACUGUGCAACGGCACCUCGACCCACACAGACAGCUGUAAUGUGAUGUGCUGCGGAAGGGGUUACAACACUCACCACUAUACACGUGUGUGGCAGUGCAACUGCAAGUUCCACUGGUGCUGUUUUGUGAAGUGCAACACCUGCAGUGAGAAAUCAGAGGUUUUCACCUGCAAGUAGGGAACAAGGAAUUGGGGCAGCGGGAGAGGACAGGAAGACGGACAAAAGUCGAAGGUAGGGGGAUACGACAAAGUGGAAUUUGAAGUGAAGGACUUCGAAGUAUUUAUUCAACAUUUUGCACAUUUUGACAUCCUAUUUGGAAUUCUUUGAAGGAAAGACAUACUAGAAAUGGAACAUGAGGUUUGGAGUUUGGGGAAAAAUAGACAUGAACAUUUCAGAAACAUUGGCUUGCGUACUGGUACGAAACUGUGACAUGAUACAAAACAUGUUGCAGGUGAAGGGAUUUGAUCUUCUCUUUUCGCCUCAAGCAAAGCAAUAUUUUGAAGACAAGAUGUUGCAAAAAUGUAGCUUACAGAUGUCGUGUACAAGAUAGCAACAAGGACUAUUGAGAAGAUUUGUUACACGCUAACUGGAAGCAAAGUGCUUUGGACUGCUAUGAAUGACGACCGGCUCCUGAUGAAGACUGAAAGAUGGCAGUGGAAUACGUUUAACUGUACGCUCACACUGUAUUCUGUUUGAACACUGAAAAUAAAACAAAAUUAUUUAUGUAAAAAAUAUCAAAACUUUCAAACUGUAAGUCUUAUAAGAUGGAUAGCAAAUUCAACUGCUUUAACAUUUUUCCUCUCUUUUAUGAUCUUCAAUUGCUACUGAUACAUUUCAAGCUGGGAGUAACAGAUUUAUAGUCACAUGGAGUCACAUUUUUAGCCACUAAACAGCUAAAUCCCUUUUUACAGUUUUUAUACAUUAUCAGUGGUCAGUGGGGUAUUUUGCUAUAUAUAUUAAUUCUUUUUCUUUUGCACUGACAGUCGUAUUUCUUCCUUUUUUCCAUUGGACAUUAGUAAUUUCGGGGGUUGGUGCUGUCGAGUGCUGCUCUCAUGGACAUAUUCCCCCUCAGGGCCCAGACCCUUUGUUACACCAAGAGCCACAGAGGCAGAAACCACUGGUGUACUAUUUUAAGCAUCCAACUUGUCAGUUUCAGCGGCACUUCCAAUCCUGACUGCGCUCAUUGUUUUGUUUUCGGAGGGCUCUUGACUUCUGAGAAAAGCAUGUAAGCCUCAGUGGAACUCCAUAGAGGUGCAAUCAGGUUCAGAUACAUCUAACAUUCCCAUGAACGGCAGAGACGUGGAAUUCCACAUCGUGGCCUCUGCUUACACAAGGCUUUCCAGCGCGGUUUAGGCCUGCCUGGGUGGAUGGCAUGUGCCCUAACCACACUGAAGGGGGUAUGAGAGGAUCAAAGGCCUCAAAGCUAUUUUUGGACAGCACCCUUAAUGUAUUCAGAAAUGUUUAUUUAGGCUUUAUAUAACUUACAAAACAAUUUGAAGAGUAUAUUUUUAUAUGAGGAACGUGGCACUUUAUGUCAUUUAUAGAUGGAAAACAAAGUCGCUACUUACCAGUGUUUUCUAAUGUCAUUGUAUUCAGAUUUGAGAGCUAUAAAUUAUUUGGAAUUUAUGUCUUUGAUCAAAGUUCCUAAAUUGUAAAUACUCCAUGUGUUUUAUCGAAGUAGCCCAGAUUGUCUAUCUCGAUGCGAUCCCUCACAAUUCAAAGUAGCUCCUAAAAGUUGAGUGAUUCAUCAAAUUGUUGGAAAGUCCAGGAAAUCUUGUGGAAACCACUGUCAAGUAUUUGAGUAAUAUAUGGAAGUUGCUAAUACAUAGUACAAUGGAAGUUUCAGUAAACAACUAAUUGUGCAGCUUAGAUGGGAGAUUUCUGUGUUUCCAGUUGUCUUAAUAGCGCUUUCAGUGACAAGGAGCAACUCUUUGCUUCCUAAAAGUAUAGCUAUAACUUAAAAUACAGAUAAUUUAAGUUUAUUUGUUCUGUGGUUUAAACAAAGUCUGCAUCACUUAAAAACACGGACAGUUGUACUUUUUCUUUUUUACCAAUAAAAUCUGAGCAUCCUUUUAAAGCCUCUUGAAUUUUCUGUCAUAUCUGGCCUUUCAUUAGCCUUAUUAAAAUCAUUACAAAAAGCUGUUUGUCACACACAGUACUUUAUUAGUCAUUAUUUAAACAUAUAAUUUGACCGAAACAUGAAGCAUGUACUUUACACCCUGACAAAGUGUUUUUGCUUUAGGUAAAUACCAAACCAGAAGGCACAUAUACAAUGAAGUAGAGGCCUACGGCAUAAACCGCUGAUAUGGGAAACACAAGAACUUCUGGCCUCGACUGAUGUGGUAUUAAUGUGUUAGGAGGUGAACAGACGACCGUGGCCAUGCCACCUCAUUCAGCCCGGCUGACUCGCACAGCCUCUUUCCUGUGGGGCUGAAAAGCAUUGCAGCCAGCCAGUCGAGCGCAAGUAACAGCUGUUUUGUUAGCUGUCUGAAAUCCUGGGGACCGGAACCACAUAAGCUCCCUUCACUAUGCCGACGGAUUGAGGGGAGAGUCCAGCCGAUUGUUUCAAUACAUUUUGUCAUUAAAAAUCAGAGGCAGAGCAAACAGGGUGGAGCAGGGUGUGGGCAGGCCUGUAAAGCGCUGUAUUGUUGAGGUGUCAGGACUGUUCAGCUUAUCCAGCAACAGGAGAAGCAGGGAGGGAUGUCAUUCUGCAAACUAAUGCUUCUGGUCUGAUUCACUCACUCACUCAUUCAUGCACUCACUCUUCGAACAUACACAGUUUCAGUAUGCUCUCAUACAUCAACUACUGAUCCAGUACCACUAUCACUGAUCAACAGAAGAAGCGUGAAAACACAGACAGAGAGAGAGAGACACACACACACACACACACACACACACACACACACACACACACACACACACACACACACACACACACACACACACACACACACACACACACACACACACACACACACACACACACACACA